GCUAACCUUGCCCGCACCGCUGCGGUCCCUACCGCUCGUCGCGCCGCCCCGGCUCUUGCCACCGCCGUCCGCAACUAUGCGACGGCCAAGGCUGCUGCCUCGGAGGUGAGCUCGAUCCUCGAGCAGCGCAUUUCGGGUGCCUCGUCGAACUUCGACGUCGAGGAGACCGGCCGUGUGCUCGCUAUUGGUGACGGUAUUGCCCGUGUCUACGGUCUCCGUAACAUUAUGGCCGAGGAGAUGGUUGAGUUCUCGUCGGGUAUUCGCGGUAUGGCUCUUAACCUGGAGCCUGACAACGUCGGUGUCACCGUCUUUGGUUCGGACGCUCUGAUUCGUGAGGGUGACAUUGUCAAGCGUACCGGACAGAUCGUCGAUGUUCCUGUCGGUCCUGAGCUGCUUGGCCGUGUCAUUGAUGCUCUGGGCAACCCUAUUGACGGCAAGGGCCCCAUCGAGGCGAAGGAGCGCCGCCGUGCCCAGGUUAAGGCUCCUGGUAUUCUCCCUCGUCGCUCGGUGCACGAGCCCAUGCAGACUGGUCUCAAGCCCGUCGAUGCCAUGGUGCCCAUUGGCCGUGGUCAGCGUGAGCUGAUCAUUGGUGACCGUCAGACUGGUAAGACUGCUGUCGCCCUCGACACUAUCCUUAACCAGCGCCGCUGGAACGACGGUAAGGAGGAGUCGAAGAAGCUCUACUGUAUCUACGUUGCUGUGGGUCAGAAGCGCUCGACCGUUGCUCAGCUUGUCCAGACCCUCGAGCAGAACGAUGCUCUGAAGUACUCGGUCAUUGUGGCCGCUACCGCUUCGGACGCUGCUCCUCUGCAGUACCUUGCUCCCUUCACUGGUUGCUCUAUCGGUGAGUGGUUCCGUGACAACGGCAAGCACGCCCUGAUUGUGUACGAUGACUUGUCGAAGCAGGCCGUUGCCUACCGUCAGAUGUCGCUGCUGCUCCGUCGUCCCCCUGGUCGUGAGGCCUACCCCGGUGACGUUUUCUACCUGCACUCGCGUCUCCUUGAGCGUGCUGCUAAGAUGAACGAGAAGGAAGGUGCUGGCUCUCUCACUGCUCUGCCUAUCAUUGAGACCCAGGGUGGUGACGUGUCGGCCUUCAUUCCCACCAACGUCAUUUCGAUCACCGACGGUCAGAUUUUCCUGGAGUCGGAGCUCUUCUUCAAGGGUAUCCGUCCUGCCGUCAACGUUGGUCUGUCGGUGUCGCGUGUCGGUUCGGCUGCCCAGACCAAGAUUUACAAGUCUGUCGCCGGUUCGCUCAAGCUCUACCUGGCUCAGUACCGUGAGCUGGCUGCUUUCGCCCAGUUCGGUUCGGACCUUGACGCCUCGACCCGCUACACCCUCAACCGUGGUGCGCGUCUGACCGAGCUUCUCAAGCAGCGCCAGUACAACCCCAUGGCUACUGAGAUCCAGGUGCCUAUUAUCUACGCCGGUAUCAAGGGUCUGCUUGACGAAGUUCCCGUCGAGAAGAUCGUUGAAUGGGAGGCUUCGUACCGUGAGGAGCUUGCUUCGCAGAACGACCUCAUUUCCGAGAUCAGCAAGGGUGUGAUGACCCCUGAGGUUGAGGAGAAGAUCGCUAACUCUAUCAAGGCUAGCGUCUCGUCGUUCCUGGGCAACUAA